AUGCGCUGCAGCUCCUUGAGAUGUGUGUGCUUUCUGGGCGUUGGGUCGCUGUGGGCGCUGAACAGGCAAAUCAUCGCCCUUCGCGGCAGCCCACCCUACUCGGCAGUUGUGUUGGGUCCAACGGAUGUGGCGUUCUUUCAUCAGACGAAUGCCCUGAGCGGCCGGACCAACUUCUCGAUCAGGAGUGUGCGGGAGCACCUGCCGCAAGCCCCGUACUACCUGCUCAGCGACGGCGGGCCAGAUUUUGCAGGGGCGGCCGCGGACUUUAACAUCUCCACCUUUCGUGGUGAUGGCUUGCAUCUGUCGAAGUAUUUUAACCCCAACUUCACAUGCCAAGCACACCUGCAGAGAAUCGCAGAGGCAGCUCGAUGGGCCUCAGGGCAGGGAGCCACCUUCCUCAUGAUCUGGGAGGAUGACACCCGGCUGCUGAGGCCAUUGCGGGCGAUUCCAGAUGUGGAUCUCAACACCAUGGGCAACGUGGCCAACGAGCACAUAGGAUUUUGGAACGGUGACGUUCGAGAGCGGUUUAUGAAAGCUCCCUCAAGCCAACUGGCGCCAGUCGAUGAGAGACGCGUCAAGCAACACGAGAGGUAUGCGGCUCGCAGGGGGUAUUCUGCUGGGCCUGGCAGCAUCUGGAGGAUCAGCUCCUUCUUGAAGGCACUUGACGCCACGCCUGCAGCAGACUUGAGGGACAUGUAUACCGAGCAGGACAUGUGCUGGGAGGAGCUUGCAAUUACCAACGGCAUGCAGAUACGGCGGAACCCUGAAGUGCAGCAAAUCACGUGGCCCUACAGCGACGGAGAGUUCCGGGGUCAGACGUCGGAUCCUGGUAGGAAUCUCCGGUGCUUGGAGUGCCUGGACGGCUGCAAAGUGUCCUGUGGUUGCACUGAGCCCCUGAGUUGGAAGCAGAGCGCCUGGUACCAGCUGGAGGCUUGGCUCGCAAGCGCCUCGGUCGACGCGGUGGUUUGCGACCUCCCCUUCGGGAAGCAGUACGGGUCAGAAGCAGACAAUGUGGAGCUCUACCCCGCGGCGCUGGCGGAGUUUUGUCGGGUUCUGCGGCCGGGCACUGGCCGGGCGGUGCUGCUCACGAACCAGGCCAAUGCUGUGCGCCUUGCCGAGGCCUUUGCUGAUGGCCCCUGGCAGGUGCUCUGCCGUCGCAAGGUCCUGCUGGGCCACAUGGAGGCAGUUCUGUUCCUCGCGACGCGGGUCGAUAAAGCAGGCUCGGGUGCCGAGAAGCUCGAUGCCAAGGCCGAAGCCCUCCGUGUGGCGUCGGCAGCGCACUCGAUGUCGCUCCAGGCACUGGUUCGGUCCCGGCGAGAGCGCGUUGCCAAGUUCAAGGGCGCCGUCCUCUACGUGAUGGAUCUGCCGGCAGAUCUUGCCGUGGGUGAGAUUGGUCUCAUUAUGGGCCCUUCGCGGCAUUUUCAAGCAACAGCCAGAAACAGGAGUACAGAGACGAAGCCGGUGCAGUUUGUUUCUUCAAUCUCGGACUCGCAGGCCUCCUCUUGGCGCCUUCCCCCAGUCACCGUCGGCCGCAGCGCGGUCGACCUCCAGGCAGCCGCUGGAUCGGAGGAGGAUGCAGUUCGUGACGGAUGGCAAGCCUCGGAAGCGGUUCAGGAGCGGAUGCCUCCCUGGAAAAGCCUCUGGCUCGUCAACUAUCUGGUCUUCCUGUUGGUCCUUAACGUGGAGAUCGUGGUGCCCACGGCCGACCAGUACGCGCAAGCCCUUGGGGCGGGCGAGACCUUCAGCGGUCUGGUCAUUGCCUUGACUCCCUUCUUCCAAGGGCUGAUUGGGAUCCCGCUGAACUACAUGAUGCUCCGGUCGGGAAUCUCCCUGAAGAACAUCCUCAUCAUCAUGGUGGCCGGAAGCAUCCUCGGGAACAUCCUCUACGCCCUCGCCGGCCUCAUGCGCUCCAAGAUCACCAUCCUCUGCGCGCGAACCCUCAUCGGAGUUUGCCAGUGCCAGCUGGGUGGACCCAUCUACAUUGCCAAAGCCGUGGGGGUCAAGAAGAGGACGAAAGUGCUGUUCAUUUUCUCAACCAUGGCCACUCUGGCAUUCACAGCGGCCCCGCUGCUUGCGGCGCUGCUGGAAACCUUUGUAAAGGAGCUGCGGAUUGAGAACCUGGUCCUCGACUCUGACACGAUCCCGGGCUGGUUCAUGGCUUUUGCCUACUACCUCUUCCUUCUGAAGGUUGUCUUCUUCUUCGAGAACCCGGAAGAUGCACCGGGCAAGCAGGAGAGUCAUGAGAGCCAGGAGGAUGCGUCACCAGAACGGCUGUGGACCAGCGGGUUCUUGGUGUGCCUCUUCGCCGCCUUUGCGAGCUCCCUGACCAACACCAUGGCCAUCGUCUUCUUCGUGAAGCUGGCGGAGAAGACCUGGGGAUGGAGCGUGUCCGUGACGGCCUUUGCCUUGGCCGGCUUCAUGGCGGUCGUGUCCCUGCUGUCCCUUAUCAGCAGCCGCUUGGCGAAGCUGGUAGAAGACCGGAAGGGCCUGCAGUUCAGUGCCUGCUUGGGAGCCGCGUGCUCGAUGAUCACGAUUCCCUUCUCGCACAGCUGGCCCGCGGCUGCCAUAACCGUCAUGUUCGUCGGCCUCUUGCUGGUCCAGUCCUGUGCAUCGGUUGUCAAGAACUACGCCUAUGCCCUGGCGCCGAAGAUUGUGGCGCCGCGCUUCAAGGAUCGGGCCAGCGCUAUUAACAUGAUCUUGCUGAUGCUCGGGCGGGGUGCCGGGGCACAGCUGGGGGCAAUCCUGACCUCCGUUGGCUUCGCAGGGUCGCAGCUCUGUACUUACCUGCUACUCUUCUUCCUUUCCUGGAUGUUCGCUGCCCACCUGAAGCAGCAUGCCAAGGCAACCUAG